CUGAUAAGUGAUAACCUUGUUAUCACUUGCAAGGCCGUUGGGCAAUGAUCAACAAUCAGUUUGAAGAUUCGAAAUGAAUCAGGGAACAUUUUGGCGCAUUUUUACAUUCCUUGUUGGUUUUGGAAACUUGGAUUUAGUUGAAACUGAUCAAAGUGAAAGUUGCCAACUUAAUGAGCAUGUGUUCCUCAACUUUGAUAACACCACCGACCAAUUAUGGGUGGCAUGGAAUGGCACAAUUUCUACAAGUUUGAAUUGUACCUUUCACCUUUCCGAGGACUCAUCGACAGUGUUAACUCUGGCCAAACUUGAAACGGCCAGUAACCCGUCGGCCCCGGCCAAUUUUUCUGAUUGUAUGAAUCGAAAAGAAAAAAUCGUUUUAGAACAACCUCCUCCUUUGAAUGAACAAAUCUGCAUUACCGGAGUUAGGCAGACUUACUGUGAAAAAUGGAACAAUUGUCAUCCAGAUGGCAAAGGUCCACAAAACGUGUUCAACUUGAUGAAUUCUAGUUUGGUGCACGUGGUCUUGGGGGAAUUCAAUUCUGACCUAAAAUUGCUUCUCAUUCCAAGUUGCAAAAAGGAAUCCACUUCAUUUGAGGCAGAUCCAUUUUGCGCGGAAGCCCAGAAGCUCUUAUCGUGUUCUUACGCAGUAAAUCAAGAGACUGAGCAGAAUGAUUAUUGGAUUGAAAGCGAGUUCUUUUGUGAUCUUGUCCCCAAUUGUCCUCAUCACCAUUCUCACCAUGAUGGUUUCUACAUUGACGAAUCUCUUUGUCUUCCAUCCCAAAUUCUCCUCGUUGUGGGUCUGGGAUCCAUGAUAUUCUUCGCAAUAGUAAUGGCCCUCGUCUCUUGUUGCUACAUCAAGAAAACCAAUCUUUCUCGGAAUAGUGCUGUGAUAAAGCUCAUGAUGGGCUUCAUUAUCUUCUCUGGCAUCUUUUUUGGAAUGUCUUUUGGUUUGAACCCCCUUCCAGAAGAGACCAUCAACAGUUGGAACUAUAAUCAAGCUAUAUCAGCCUUCUCAUUCAUGGGUCUUGCCGCAGCCCUUUCCCUGAUGUUCCUGGUUUUGGGAGGAUAUUUGUUAGCCUUCAUCAAAUUCUCUUCUCCCACCACAAUAGCUUCACAACAUACCCCUGUGGUUCCUACACAGCCUGAAAGAACUGCACCCGAAGAAACCUCGCCAUUUCCUGAUGUUUCAAUUUCCAAUCCACCUUAUAAUCCACCUUAUAAUCCACACUUCUGGAAUCUGCAGCCAAGACCGGGAAAUGGUUCCCUAGAACAAGAUGAUGGUGCACCGUCCUAUUCGAGUGUCAUGAAGGCGGAAUUGAAGCCAAGUUCCCUGGACAAAAUGGAAAAGCUGGACGUUGAUGGGGAGCCUUUACCACCUGAUUACAAUGUUGCUAUUAAUCUAUGAUUCAGUAGUUACAUACUUAUUUGGUCUGAACAUUUAUUGAAACAGCUGAAAUGUCAUAUUACUUUACUUGAAUGAUUUUAGGAACAUAUGUUUUGGGAGAGAGGAAUCAAAUUGCGCGUUCAUUAUCGCAUAACCAAGGCAGCUUGGCCCUUAUUUCCACAGGAUUGCAAACCACUUAAAACAGAUUUUCUUAUUUUAUUUAGUGUGUACAUGGAACUGAGGAGACUACAAGAAGAAAGAAUAACACAAGGAUCACAUUUA